AUGACGACAAACGUCCCUCGGCCUGGCCCCGCCAACUUGGGCCCCAAUGCCGGUCUAGACGAAUGGCUCGAAGAGGCCAAACAAUGCCACUACCUGCCCGAGAGGGCCAUGAAGGAGUUGUGCGAGAAGGUCAAGGAGAUCCUUAUGGAAGAGUCCAAUAUUCAGCCCGUUUGCACACCUGUCACAGUUUGCGGAGAUAUCCACGGCCAGUUCUAUGAUCUGUUAGAGUUGUUCCGAGUGUCUGGGGGCAUGCCGGGCGAGACCAAUGUCCAGGCCCCCAAGACUGCGACCACUGUCAUCACGUCCGACGAUAUCGAGCCGCCGAGCGAAAUCACAAAUCCAAAGCUCAGGAAGAAGCUGCGGUCCCCGGUAGGUGAUGCUGGUGCGGGCGGUAACGAGGGCGAAGAUGAUGCCGACGUCGCGGGCUCUCGUCCGGGGUCCGCGCUGUCAGGUGCCAAUGUCACCUCUGCUCAGAGCGCGGAGACUCGCUUUAUCUUCCUGGGGGACUUUGUCGAUAGAGGGUAUUUUAGUUUGGAGACAUUUACGUUGCUCAUGUGCUUGAAGGCCAAAUACCCCGAUCGAAUUGUGCUUGUCCGAGGCAACCACGAAUCUAGGCAAAUCACGCAAGUCUACGGCUUUUAUGAAGAGUGCCAGCAAAAAUAUGGCAACGCUUCUGUGUGGAAGGCCUGCUGCCACGUCUUUGACUUUCUUGUUCUUGCAGCUAUUGUCGACGGCGAAGUUUUGUGUGUACACGGCGGGCUAAGUCCCGAAAUUAGAACGAUAGAUCAAAUCCGUGUUGUUGCUCGUGCCCAGGAGAUUCCUCAUGAAGGAGCAUUUUGUGACCUGGUCUGGUCAGAUCCUGAAGAUGUUGAAACGUGGGCUAUCAGCCCACGCGGCGCCGGCUGGCUCUUUGGCGACAAGGUCGCUACCGAAUUCAAUCAUGUAAAUGGAUUGAAAUUGAUUGCGCGGGCUCACCAGCUUGUAAAUGAAGGCUAUAAGGUAUGGCGCAUUCGAACCGAGAAUACUACUUGCUACGUAUUGGGUGCUAACUAG